CAACCUCGACGACUCUCUCACAUCGCCGCAGCGUGGUACGAGUAGCAUCUCCGUAGUGUUUUGUGCAACCCGCGAUACUUGUGUUUCUUUCAAGUUGUCUAUUACUUAUUCAGGAGGUUUUAUAAUCGUAACGAGGCCGACGAAAAUGGCCGCGGAAGUCGAAAAUAACGUACCCGCUACCGAAACCAAAGAAAUAAAGGAGGAAAAAGAGGUUCCUAAGGUGGAGGAGGCGAAGAAAGAAGAAGCUGGAGCGGGCGAUGCCUCCAAAGAAAAAGAACCCGCGCCCCCUAAAGUCGUCGUGCACAAAUCCAAUUUCGAAAAGGAUAUCGUGUAUCUGUACCAGUUUUCGCGUACGCCACUCCUACCCUCGAUGAGCCCCUAUUGUUUGAAAGUCGAAUCCUGGUUGAGGCUAGCCGGCAUCAAAUAUGAGAAUGUUGAUCACAAAAUGAAGUACCGGUCGAAAAAGGGCUUGUUGCCCUUCAUCGAACUGAACGGCGAAGAAAUCGCAGACAGCGCCCUCAUCAUCAAAGAGUUGAGUCAGAAAUUCAGCAACGAUCUGGAUGCUGCUCUGACAGCUGAACAACGGAACCUCGCUCACGCUACCAUCAGUAUGAUCGAAAAUCAUCUUGCCUGGGUUGUCAUGUGGUGGCGUUCUAAAUACCCAGAUAGCGUCCUCAAGGGCUACAAAGUAAACCUCCAGCAUGCGCUAGGCACCAGGAUACCCAACGGAAUUCUCAAUUUCUUCUUCAAAUUCGCUUAUGGAAGAAAGUGGUUCCAGGGGACCAAAAAGGCAAAGGCCCACGGGAUCGGCGUCCACACUCCAGAGGAAAUUGUCCAAUUCGGUCAGGAAGACUUGAAAGUCCUGUCGGACAUGUUGGCGGAUAAGCCGUUCUUCUUUGGAGACGAACCAACCAAUCUUGAUGUUGUAGUGUUUGCCCACUUGGCUCAAAUUUAUUUCAUCGACAAGGAAGUGGAGUGGGCCCUUCGAGACUACAUGACUGAAUCGUGCCCCAACUUAGUAGGACACGUCAAUAGGAUGAAGGAACGUUGUUUUGCCGAUUGGGACGAUAUUUGCAGCACGCUGGAUUUGAAUUCGCACCUUCCCAAACCCGUGCCUGAAGCCAAGGACGACAAAGAGGUCGCCAAGGACGAGAAGGAGAGCGACAAAGAAAAAGAACCAGAGGAUAAGGAUAUUGAAAAAGAAAAGGAGGAGGCGAAAGAGAAGGACAAAGCUGCAAACAAGGAGCCCGAAGAAAAUAAAGAAAAAGAAGCAGCAAAGUAAAAUAAUAAGGGUUCUUGACACAACACCAACAAGACUUUUAUCUUUUUCCAUCCUAAACUUCAUAAUCUUCUUCACUUUUUUUUUAAAUACUUAAUAGCCCUCGUAUACAUAUAUAGAAAUGAAUCAGUGCAAGUUUUUAGUUUCUAAGUAUAUUUCAUUUUUUUUAUUAUUUCCCAAACGUAUUUAGCAAUUAAUUGUCACAGAUCAUCAAAGUUUGUGUUUUUUUUAAUUUGUAGUCUAUCGUCCUUUUUUCUGUUUGUUAAAUAUUAAAACGAUUUUAUUCAACUCAUAAACACACGCAACAAUUUUUUUUUCAAAUAAAAAAAUACUCGGCGUAAUUCAUUUUAGCUUCUUUUUUACGUAAUUUUUUGAUAUAAUGGACAGUUUUUAUCGAAAAUAAACAAAAAAAAUUAUAUAGUAACUGCUAGUUAAGCAUUAUAUUAAUUAUUGUUUGUAUAAAUAUUUUAGCUAGGUUUUAAUAUAAAUGUAAGCAUGUGUCUGACAGGGAAACUUUGGACGGCUCAAUACCCGAUUCUCGAACAAUCUCACCAUUUUGUUUAUCUCAAAUUUGAUUAAAUAAUUAUCUUUCGGCCGUAGAAAGUUUUUUCUCUACCCCUGUAUUACUCAGAGUGCAAAAAUAACUUUUUUUUGCUUGCUGAUUGGUCCUGGGGAACGUGAGUUUACAUGUUAGUCCAGUCUUGUAACGUGGAAUCGAAGAUGCAAUACGGAAACUCUGGUUUUUGAUUCUUAAAAUCUGGGAUGGGCUGUUAAAAAACCAUAGCGUAAAAUUUUCUUUUGCGCGUAAAAAUUUUUAUUCACUUUAAUACCUUAUUUAGUUUUUUUGUCUAUUAUUAUUAGUGUAAAAAGUUGUUUUUUACGGGUAAAGAACUAUUUUUUACUCCAAUAAACUACCCUAUAAAAACUAGAAAACUUAAAAAUACUUAAUCCAUAAAAAUUUACUCGUAAAAAUAUAUUGUUUAGAAAAUAAGUAAAGUUUUGAUGGAUUUUUUUACGUUUAAUAGUUUUUUUGUGGAGUAGAGUAUUAGCGUAAAAAAUUGUUUUUUACGUCUUGAAAAACUAUUUUUUACGCUAAUAAACUACUCCAUAAACCAUAACUAAAAAUCUAUUUAGUUUUUAUGCGCGAAAUAAAUAGUUUUUGUACGUGAAAAAAAUAGUUUUUUUUAAAAAACUUAAAAAGCCUACUCCAUAAAAAUCUAUUUAAUCUAUUUUUUACGUCGUUUUACGGUUUUUAACAGCCCAUCCUUGAUUUGAAGACAUCCAAAACCGGUGCUGUUUGUAAAGUAAUCUUGAUUCAACGCUUUUAUUACUGUAUGUACGAUAAACUAAUAUUUAACGUAUCCCCCCUAAUAAUUAAGUAGUGCAUUUACUCAUCAAUUGUAUCCAUUCCACAUUUUUAAACAAAUACGCAUUUUUCAUAAAAUAAAAUCGGUUAGAGGGUAUACAUUUAUUUCAUAUUCAUCAAUUUUUUAGCUGAAAAAAUCAAAUCAAUAAUUUUUUAUUAUGACUCUCUCUGACCAUUGAAUAUUUUUAAAUGGCUUUUGAAAAGGUUUUUUAAAAUGAUAAAUGACGUUUAGGUCGUAAUCAUAGACUUUUGUAUUUUUUUAACAGGAUCAUUUACAAUUUUUUAUGACCAGUUUUACUCUUUGGAUAAUAAAAAAAAAUAAAAUAACUGCGUGUAAUUGAUGGACCAUUUUCUCAAAAAAAAUUAAAGGAAAAAAUGUUUUACUGAUCAAGUUGCACAAUUCAUUUAAAUCAACUUAUUUGAAUAUCGUUUAAAAUAGUGAAAAGAAAACGUGUUUUAAUUGAUCAAUUUAAUGAUCAAAAUGCAUCAAACGUUUCGCACAAAAACUGUCAUUAGACGGGCGCGAUCUGAUCAGUAAAAAAUGAAGCUCAAUAGAUUGACUAGCAUGUUAAUUUAUAAUUUAGAGUCUCAUUUUUUUAAAACUAAGAUAUAAGUUUGAUUUAAAACUGUGUUGUACGCUAUAUAAUUUAAAUAAAUAAGUUCAUAUUUUAAGUUUAAA